AUGCCUGAAAAUGGCACUCGACGGGAACCGCCCGCCAUUGUGGUGACCCAGAAUGACGAGACAACACCGCUGUUGCAGGACCAGAACAAGAACGUCAUCCCAGCGGAGCAGUCGCAAACACCAGGCGACAACGAGGAGCAGACCGUGAUUGUCGAGGAUGUGAAGGGGGUCAAGCUAUGGCUUAUUCUGUGCAGUGGCUGGGUCGGCGUCUUCUUGGGAGCCGUGGAUGCUUCCAUCAUCGCGACCCUCUCGGCCCCGAUAUCAAGCGAGUUCAAAUCUCUGAGCUUACUGUCGUGGCUCGCGACGGCAUAUUUGAUCGCGAACGCCGCCUGCCAGCCCAUCAGUGGUCGGCUCACCGAUAUUUUCGGCCGUGGCCCCGGCCUGAUCUUCAGCAAUGUCUUCUUUGCUGCCGGCAAUCUGAUCUGCGGGCUCGCGCAGUCCGAAGGGGUCAUGAUCCUGGGACGGGUGGUAGCUGGCAUCGGCGGCGGCGGCCUGAUGUCGAUUGCGACAUUCUUGGCUACGGACUUGGUUCCGCUCCGCAAGCGCGGCAUUAUUCAAGGCAUCGGCAAUAUAGCUUACGGAUCCGGAGCCGCAUGUGGGGGUGUCUUCGGAGGGCUUCUCAACGACAACUCUAGCUGGGGAUGGCGUCUUGCAUUCCUAAUUCAGGUGCCGCCAGUACUGGUCUCUGCGGCCCUUGUCGCUUACCUUGUGAGGAUUCCGCCCAAGGUGUCGCAGAAGUCAUAUCUGGCCCGCAUCGACUUUGUCGGCGCCUUCCUGAUCAUCGUCUUCUUGGUCUUGCUCCUCCUUGGCCUCAACGCGGGUGGCAAUCUGGUGCCAUGGGUUUCCCCUUUGCCUCUGACGACGAUCCCGCUAGCAUUCCUGGCGGCGGUCGGCUUCAUUCUUUGGGAAGCAAAGGCCGCGCAACCCAUUAUUCCGGUGCGGUUGUUGCUCCGCCGGACGGUUUUCACUGCUUGCAUGACGAACCUAGUCUGCACUAUGGCCAAUAUGAUGGCCUUGUUCUACACUCCACUAUAUCUGCAGGUACGCGGAAACUCCGCCACGGAGGCCGGCCUGGUUAUUCUCUUUGCCCCCAUCGGAAUCUGCAUCUGUUCCGUGGGCAGUGGGUACCUGAUGAAAAGGACCGGGCGCUAUGUCGCUCUGGGCUCUGUCUCGCUCUGCCUGCAGCUCGCCCACGUCAUCAUAUUGACGACGCUCGACGAAACAUCGCCAAAAUGGCAUCUGAUGCUGUCGUUCUUCCUUCUGGGCUCGGGCUACGGCGCUAUGCUUACAAUUACGCUGCUGGCAUGCCUGGCAGCAGUCGACCACUCAGAGCAGGCGCCGAUCACAUCCGCCACGUAUGCCUUCAGAUCUGUUGGGGGAACGGUGGGGAUCACCAUUGCGUCGGCAGUAUACCAGAACAUCCUUAAGACGCAGCUCUGGGAUCGCUUUGGGGGUCUGCCCGACGCGGGCGUGGAGAUCCCCAAGAUCAGGGACGAUCUCGACGAGCUGAAGCAUCUGCCCGAAGGCUGGAAUGUGGGAGACGUCGUUUCCGUGUUCAUGGGGGCGUUUCGCGGCGUGUGGUUCACAGCUCUCGCCAUGGUCUUGCUUGGUCUGAUCGCCGUGAGCCUCAUGAAGCAGCACACCCUCCACUCGACGCUAGCCCGCAACGAGAGAUCGUCCUGA